AGUCGUCAGACGUAUGCGAGAGCUUAAGAACGUUGUUUGCCAUCACGGAACGUGGUAACGAGACCGGGGCCGACUGACGGCAAAAGCAACCGCAAGAGGGAUAACAAAUAAUACAGUUAGAAGCACAAAUCAAGAAAUUCCUCAAUUGGAGACGCUGAAAAAUUUUUAACUGGAUUCGAAGUCGGAGCACGAAAAAAAGGGGAAUGUAAAAGCAACGCACCAAAAUAGAUUUGAUGACUUCGCAAAAAAAAAUUACACGUUAUUUACGUAAAUGCUGCUCUGUCAACGGUUAACUGGAAGACAUUAUGUGAAAUGAAAUACGGUGUAUAAGUCUUUCCUCGCCCUUACAAAUUCGCCAUCAAAAAUUCGAUCAACCGACUAAGCGACCAGCAAUCGGCUAUUAAAUUUUGUAUUCAACAUAAUCAAAUAAAUAAAAAAGUAAACAAAAGCGAAAAAUAUCAUAUUUUGGAGAAUUUUUUGAAUAUUUUUUCACUGUUUGCCCAAAUAAGAAACAGAGUGUGUUCAUGAAGAAGUUCAGCAAAAUUUUGCAAAUACUAAAUUAGAAUAAUUCAUUAUCAAUUAGAAUCUAGCUCGGAAUAAAUACUGAGAGAAUUGAGGAACCCAAGCUGCCUAUGCAAAUGUCGUUUCUAGGAAAUUGAAAACAUCAAAUUCAGAUACAGAUUUUCAUGCAACUCAACUCAAACACUUAUGUCGGGUAAACUUUCCCAAAUUGAGCGUUAUAAAUUUGUAUAAGUAAAAGUGAUAACAAUAUCACUGUGAUUGUACCGGGUUGGACAUUAUUUAUACAGAUACAGAUACAGAUACAGAUCAGAGCUGAAUCGGAGGCCAAGAAAGAGCUUGAUUGAAUGAGUGAAUCGAACCAGUGAGUGAGUAAAUGCAAUAGCUGCGGUGAGGAAACUAAAGAGUGCCUUGCUCAGCUCAGGUCAGCUCAGCGCAAUGAAGCUACAAUUCCAGCUGUACCCUUAUGCAUACAAGAGCCUAGACACAGUCUCUGCUAAAAACGGAAAUCAAAUCUUCAUCACAGCCAUAGCCAUCCACUGCCACACAACCUGACCUACAGAAAAAACGUAGAGUUGAGUGCCACCAAUGUGCCAAUAGCAGCAGUAGAUUGUUAUCCAAAGUGCAACUACCGCAACAAAAGCAUACUUGAGCUAUUAAGAUGCAUAAUUAAUUUUUGAUUGUUUCCAAUGUACCAAUUAAAGUUUGGAUGCGUGAGAGUACCUUUUGGUAAAUAUCCUCGAGAGCGAGAAUAAAAAGAGAUUCAAGGAGAAUAACCUUAAACAAAACGAGGAGAGGACGACCAAGACUUAGCAUUGACGCUAACACAGACGUUGACGUCGACGCCUACUAAUUAGAACACAAUAUUGAAGCUGCAUAAUGUGGAUAACCAUCACCUACUUGAUCCUCAUCAUUGCCCAGCUGUGCGCCUUGGCCACAUCCGCUGGCGAGGCAGAUUAUACUCUAGACGAUUCUUUUUGGAAUGAAGAAAGUCCCGUUGGUGAAGUGGAACGGUUACUUAAGGAAUACAGGCAAAAUCAAGAGUUGGUUCGUCGCAUCGGUGGCCAUUACUACCAAAUAAUAUAUCCUGUUCAGCUGCGCCAUCACGAGAAGAUGGGGAUAUCAACACGUGAAGUCAGUCCCUCAAAGCCGGGGCAACGUCCUCGCCAGCAUGAUGACAGUGGAUUCAACAGAGGCAGGACAAAGAAACAUUUCCAUCGCACUUCGCUUCUUAUUAAGGCCUUUAAUCAUAAAUUUCGCCUGGACCUAGAGCUUAACUCACAACUUCUUUCACCAAAUAUACAACAAAAGCACUACCACGUUGGAGGAUAUCUUGUCGACGGAAACCGGCAUGACAUUGAGCAUUGCUAUUACCACGGGACAGUGAAGGACUAUCCAGGUGCUAGCGCUGCCUUUCAUACUUGCAACGGAGUGAGCGGCGUCAUACACAUUGGAAACGAAACAUUCGUCAUUCAUCCGUUUUAUGGUGGCGAUCUAUCUAAACAUCCGCAUGUCAUUUUCGAAGCGCGCACGAAAGCAAACAAAGGAUGCGCAAAUUCAGGUAACCUCGACUCAUGGAGGUUGUCUCGUCGCACCAAACACUUGUCAGUAGGCGUUGCGGAUGUGGUGGAUGAGAUUCUGCAGAACCACGCAGUGCGCAGUAAGCGGGAUGUGCGGGAGGCCACCAAAUACAUUGAAACAGCAAUUAUCGUUGACAAGGCAAUGUUUGACAAGCGCAACGGCAGCACGCGGGCCGAGGUUAUUCACGACGCAAUACAGGUUGCCAAUAUAGCGGAUCUGUAUUUUCGCACGCUGAAUACUCGGGUGUCGGUGGUUUACAUUGAGACAUGGGGAAAGAACCAGGCUGUCAUCGAUGGAAGCAAGGACAUCGGCAAGGCAAUCUCUAACUUCAAUGAUUACACAUCAAGAAAUUUGUUCCAAGUCGAGAGAGACACCACUCAGUUACUAACUGGUGAAACAUUUUCUGGCGGAGAGGCUGGGAUGGCCGUUCCCGAGACUGUUUGCACACCGAGGGCUGUGGGCAUCAGCGUCGAUGUCAACGUAUAUGAGCCACACCUUCUUGCUGGCACCAUGGCUCACAUGAUUGGCCAUAAUAUCGGCAUGGGACACGACGACGGACGUGAGGAAUGCUUCUGCCGUGACUGGCACGGCUGCAUAAUGGCACAGUCCAUCGUCGGACAGGAGAAUGUCCAACCGUAUAAGUUUUCGGAGUGCAGUAAAAAAGAUUACAUUGAUGCACUACGGACGGGUCACGGACUGUGUUUGCUCAACAAGCCAAAUGAGAUCGAAUUGCGCCGAAACUGCGGUAACAAAAUAGUCGAGGAAGACGAAGAAUGCGAUUGUGGUACCUUCGAGGAAUGUGCUCUGGAUCCGUGCUGCGACGGAAUAACAUGCAAGCUAAAAUCUGAGGCACAAUGCGCCAGCGGCGCUUGCUGCGAACAAUGCCGCCUACGGCCCAAGGACUACAUUUGCCGAGACUCAAACAAUGAGUGUGAUCUGCCAGAAUACUGCGAUGGUGAAGUCGGUCAAUGUCCCUCAGAUGUCUACAAGAAAAACGGCUCUCCAUGUGGUCUCACCAAAACUGGCGUCUCUGGCUACUGUUUUCAGGGCUACUGCCCUACACUAAGCUUGCAAUGUGAAGCCAUUUGGGGAUAUGGGGGAUCCGCCGCAGAUCGGCAGUGCUACGAACAAUUUAAUUCUAAAGGCUCAAUCAAUGGCCAUUGUGGCCGUGAUGCGAACGAACAUUACAUUAAGUGUGAUCCAGAGAAUGUCCAGUGCGGAACUCUACAAUGUAAGGAAGGUGAAAGACAACCAGUUAACGAGGGCAUCGACCAACUCUAUUCCCGCACUAUAAUAUCUAUCAAGGGACUGGAGUACGAGUGCAAAGCAACCAGCGGACAAGUAGGCUCCAACAGCUACCCUGAACAUGGUCUGGUCAAAGAUGGAACACCGUGCGGUGACAACUUAAUUUGCCUGAACCAAACAUGUGUCAGUCUCUUUCCCCAUGUGGAUCAAACCAAGUGCCCAACAAAUAAACAGGGUCAAGAGUGCUCAGAACACGGCGUCUGCACUAACACAAAUCGCUGCUUCUGCGACAUGGGUUGGGGUGGCACAGACUGCAGCUCUGUCGUUCUCCUUACCACAGCAGUGCCAACCGAAGCAUUGCCCACCCCGGAGAAUACAAUAAAAAUGGAAAAGAAAGAAACCCCAUAUGAGAACUACCACGGCUCAAAUACAGUGUUCCUAGUCGGUGUUCUAAUGUCAGUUGUAGGGUUCGUUUUUAUAACAUUCACCUUAAUGGCAUUGUGCUACAGGUCAGUUGUAGUACAUAGAAACUUCUCCCUGUGUCUGAGACGCAAGACUACUACAAUGAAGUACGAUCCGCCCUACUCGAAGAAACCGAUUGCCAAGAGCUAUGGCGGUGCGGCCACAGCACCAAACCAUCAUUCCGUUGAGGAGGUGUCCUUGGACGGCUCCAGCAAAUUGGUGUAUGCCAAUCAGACAGGUUUCAGGGACAAAGUCGUGCAUGGACGUCGCUAUACAACUAGUGGCGAGGACGAUCAGUCACAUGCAGAGAAGGGUAUUUUAAAGAAACAUGGCUAUGGGCUUGUGCACGGAGAGCAGCUUAAAGACAAGUGGGGAGACGAUAACCAGUCGGACAAUCUUGAGCUGAUUACUCAGGACGGGACGCUGGCCUCGACGAGCGGUGGAGUGGCUGCCUCUGAAGUCGAACGUACGCUCAAGUCCCUCAACGGAUACCACGAGGACAUUUUGGAAGCCCUCCGGAACGCGGCCACACACCGUGGCACAGGCACUGGCAACACACCGGUUGGCAGUGGCAGCCUAAGCGAGGAGAUGUUGCGCAAAACGUUACAAGAUUGUAGCAGCGCCCAGCUGGGAUACUCCGCUGAGCCAUACAAGCGCACUAGUGGAUCGAAGUCCAGUUCAAGGGAGAAUGUUUGCGACAAUAACGCUGUGCACGCCAUAUUACUUGACGGCAGCGGAUCUGGCCUUGGUGGCCUGGGUCUGGGAUCGAGCUUAGGUGCUGGGGGUGGAUCGUCUGUUAUUGCUGGGGGUAUGGGGCAUGGCAAUGCGAUGCUGCAUCACCAUCGCUCGCAGCACCAAUUGCAUCAGCCGCCGCCUUUAUCAUUGCAACAACAGCAGCCUGACGAGGAGGACGCUCCCUCGACAGGACCCUUGCGUAUACGUAACUUGGAGGAUCUUAUACGGCAGCUUGAGCACCACUCGUCGCGACACAUGAGUCCCAGCGGCUCCGAGGAUAUCCGCAUGUCGGAAACAGACGCCGAUCGCCACUAUAGAUUAGAUAGUUCCGCUGCUUGUAGUGAGUCCUCACAAGGCUCCAAUCAGCAACUAGCACAAACUCAGAAAACCGCUACAAUUCAUUCGUCGUACAGCAGUCGCUGUCGUCCCCGUUCCGAUGAGGAGUCGCGGUUUGCUUACGGCAGCCGCUACCGACAGCCGACGCCAGCAGGCCGACAUGCACAACAUCAGUCUCACUCGCCACAUCAAUUCGGACACCACUCGCAUCAUUCUCAUGCUCACGGACAUGCCACGCAUGGUCCCCACUCCUCGCAUCACUCAUCGCACACUCAUCUGCACCAGGAAGAUGAUGGUCUAUAUGAGACCGCCGACCAACGUAAUGUUUCUGAUGCUCGUCUUGAUUCACAGGAGACACCAGAUAGCGAAAGUGAUGACUUUAUUCAAGCUCAACAACAGUUAGCCCGGUGGGCGAGUGAAGAUGUGGUAUCCGUCGUGGUAUUGGACCAGCCGCAGUCCGCAACAAUUUCGGAUUCCCAACCAUACAACGGCGUAGGACCUAUGUCAGGGGCUACAACGAGCAACGUUAUCCACCUUCAGCAUCCACAUCAGCACCACGGCGAUCCUCAAUCCUCCUCAGCGGCAACGGCGGCGGCAGCCAGCAACAACUGUAUAAUGGGUUUGCCAGUCGUCCAAAAUGGUACAAGUGUAAGUCAGAGGGACUUCUAUCCCUCACCACCCUCAACGGAGACGGAAAGCAGUGGAAGUGCUAUCCAGCUUCGUACUCGACGCAUAUUGCAGUCGGCAGAUACGGUGGCAGCAAGUCAACAGCAGCAUCAGCUGCAUCAGCUACCCUUAUAUCAGCAGCACCAUCAUCAGCAGCAACAGCAGCUUCAGCAUCAAUCAGGCGAUACCAGCAGCAGCAACAACAGUCAAUCAGGACAAGUCAUCGAGAAUGGCUGCUACCCGGAAUAUAAGCAUUGAUAGUGGAAAAUCAUAGACAUAUUUUAAAUUUUAUUCAACUUGACAUUGACAUUGACAUGGACAC